AUGUCCUCGGCUCUCCUCCGCACGACGCCCGCCCUGCGCGCCGGCCUCCGGGCCCGCGCCGCUGCGAAGCCCAUCGCCGCCAUGGCGUCCACGAGCUUUGUCCGCGGCAAGGCCACGCUGCCCGACCUCCCAUACGACUACGGCGCCCUCGAGCCCUACAUCUCCGGCCAGAUUAUGGAGCUGCACCACUCCAAGCACCACCAGACCUAUGUCAACAGCUUCAACGCCGCCUCCGACGCCAUCGCCGAGGCCCAGGCCAAGGGCGACACCAAGGCCGCCGCUGCCCAGGCGCCUCUGCUCAACUUCCACGGUGGCGGCCACGUCAACCACUCCCUCUUCUGGGAGAACCUCGCCCCCCACGGCAAGGGCGGCGGCGGCGAGCCCCAGGGCGAGCUCCUGACUGCCAUCAACGAGGACUUUGGCUCCUUCGAGAACCUCAAGAAGCAGACCAACGCCGCCCUCGCCGGAAUCCAGGGCUCCGGCUGGGCCUGGCUCGUCAAGGACAAGACCUCCGGCACCCUCGGCCUCGUCACCCGCGCCAACCAGGAUCCCGUCACCGGCAACCUCGAGCCGCUCCUUGGAGUAGACGCCUGGGAGCACGCAUACUAUUUGCAGUACCAGAACCGCAAGGCCGAGUACUUUAGUGCCAUUUGGGAUGUCAUCAACUGGGGCACCGUCGCGAAGCGUUUCGAGAAAUAA